AUGAGCAAAAAAUCUUUAAAGACGAACAGUAGUAAAUCCGAUCUAACUUGUAAUUUUGAGGAUGUGAAGGUUGAUUUGGUGGACAGCAACGCAUCCACAUCGGAGUUGUUGGACAUGGUUAAACAAUUGGUUUCUAGGGUAAAUUCGUUGGAGAACAAAGUUGCGGAUCUUACCAAGCAAUUAGAAAAGGAAAAAGGAUCAAAAUCUAGGAAGAAGACUAAAACUAAAAAGAACUCUAAGGAUGAAGCACCUCAAAUUACUGAACCUACAGAGGAUGCGAUCACUGAUACAGUAUUAAUUGAAACACCUACAACUGCCAUGGAGCAUGUUACCUCUAGAGAAAUUGUGAUGUAUGAUUUAGAUCCUCCACACGUAGAAGAAUGCUGCGAGGUUGAAUUAGAUGCUAAUUCAUCUGCAAUUCAAAUAUUUGACGAAGUUGUGGUCUCUCAAUCAAAUACCAACAAAAGCAAGGCAUCCACGAGCUACAGAGAUGACAUGGAUUAUGAAGAAUUUAUUUCGAGUGACGAAGAAUUUGUGGAGCCAAAAAUUUUGCAGAUGGACUUUUCACAAGGUGAAGAAGCCCUAGAUACAGAAAAGGAUUCAGAAUUAGCAAAUACAACUUUGAAAGAAAUCGGAGAAUUUGUGCCCAAGUUUAUGUUUGAAAAAUUGUAUCCACAUCAAAGACGAGGUGUUAAGUUUCUUUGGGACAACAUCAACAAAGGAACUGGAUGCAUUUUAGCUGACUUUAUGGGAAUGGGAAAAACGCUGCAAACAGCAUCAUUCCUCCAUUUAUUUUUAUCUCAAGGCAAGGCAAAAACGGUCCUUAUUGUUUCCCCAGCAUCUGUAAAUACUCACUGGGUACGCGAGUUUGAAACAAUCAAAAAAUGGAUGGAUGGAGAAUCAACAUUUUCAAUAACCACCUAUUCGCUAUGUUCAAAAAUUUCUACUCAAGAACGAAAAAAAACUGUGAAAACAUGGUUUGAAAAUGGAGGUGUGAUGGUCACCUCGUAUGAUAUGUUCAGAACAUUAUGUGUGGACAAAGAUUUUUAUGAAUUUCUAACCAAACCUGGCCCAGAUGUUAUCAUUCUAGAUGAGGGCCACAAAAUCAAACACUUUUCCUCAAAAAUUGCUAAGACCCUCAAUACUGUACAAACAACUAGAAGGAUAAUUUUAACUGGAUACCCCUUUCAAAACAAUCUUUUGGAAUAUUGGACCAUGAUCAAUUUUGUUUCUCCAAACUUUUUGGGAGAAAAAAUUGAAUUCAAACGAACAUAUUCUAAGCCAAUUCAUAGAGGACAAGUUUCGAACAAUAUUAAUGAAAAAAGAAUAGCAAGAAGAAGAGCUUGGCUGUUAUAUGAAAAGGUUAAAUCAUUAAUUUUACGAAGAGAUGCCUCUUUACUGAAGAAGUUACUUCCUCAAAAAGAAGAAAUAAUGUUAACCAUCUCAAAUAGCGACAUACAACGAAAAAUAUACAAAAUAUUGAUAGAAUAUUUAAAAAAUAUGAAUGCAAAAAUCAAUAUAUUUUGGACAUAUGAUGUGAUUAUCAUGUUAUGCAAUCAUCCAGAUGUCCUACUCAACUAUUUCAAUUGGAAGACAGCCCAGAUUGAAAAUCAAAAGAAAGAAAAAGAAAAUAAGGAAAAGACAUCAAAGAAAGAAGUGUUAGAAUCCUCGUACUCAGUUGAGCAGGAGACUAAUUGUGGGGAACUUUUUGAUCCACCAAUCAAUGAAGAUGAAAUUGACAGUUAUCUCGACACAGAGGAAAAGGCCGAUGAUAUUUCAGACGAUGCAACCAUGGAUCUAUCCAUUCUUGAAGAAAUAUUUUCAAAUCCAGAAUCUAUUGGCUACAAGAAAGGAGAGCUCAACAAUGGAGGAAAAAUGAUUCUUUUAUUUAGCGUAAUGUUUCAAUGCAAAAGUGUUGGUGAUCGAUUGAUAGUAUUCAGUCGAAGUAUUAACACCUUGAAUUUUAUUGAAGGUACCCUUAAGAGAUACAACAAAAAGAACACAGAACAGAUCAAUUUUAUGCGUUUUGAUGGUAGCACUCCAUUUGAAACAAGACAAUCAUGCAUUGACAAAGUUAAUGAUAUGAGUAAUAACAUUAACGUGCUGUUGGUGUCCACACUUGCAGGAUGUGAGGGAAUUAAUUUAAUGGGAGCCAAUAGAGUGGCACUAGUCGAUGUAAAUUGGAAUCCUUCUCAUGACAGCGAGGCUGUGUGUAGAGUGUUCCGAAUAGGUCAAAAGAAACCCGUAUACAUCUACAGAUUUAUAUGUGAAAAUACAAUGGAGGAUUUGGUCCUUAAAAGACAAUUGCAAAAAGAGAAUCUUGCCAAUUGGAUUGUAGAUGACGGAAACACCAGUGUUGACACAUAUGCUACCAAAGAUUUAUUAAUUAUUCCUGAUGAUAACAGCGUGAUGGCAGCAAGUAACACACCAGAAUUUGUGGACGCCUCUAUUACGGAUGAAGUAAUUUUGGGAAUUGUCAACAAGUAUCCGAAUUGGAUAAAAAGAGCAGAGAUUCGUGACCAACUCUUGAGAGAUGACCCACAAAAUGUUUUAACUGAAGAAGAGAAAAUACUGGCCCAAAGUGAGAAUGAAUUUGACACAGUGUACAUGCCGAAAAGGACCUAUACAAGGAACAAUUCUACAAGCAGCGUUGGCCAACAAAAAGAAAGUACAAGGAAUACUCAGCAACUUGACACUCUUGCAAAUAGAUCUGCCACCAACAUUGGAAAUCGUAGUGGUGGUAGCUCUUCUGAAAGUCGUGAGACAUUGUGGCUGAGGAGACAACAAAUUCUAGUUCAGAAAGAAACUCAAGAGGCCAACAAAAUACUCGAGAUGCUUCAGGUGAAGGCUUUAAGCUCUUUUGAGGAAAGGCCACAAGAUGGCCACUCACGCCUCCUUCAGCAAGCACACCAUCUCAUCACACACGCUUCGAAAAAGAAAAAACAAUCAUUAUGA